AACUCAGUCCCUCCACACUAAACAUGGCGGAUCGUAAUGCCAGGUGAAAAUUGUGAGAAAGUCAAUAUUCCUUCACUCGAGGACCACGGGGAGAGUAGAAAAUGGAUGCCGUCAAGUCCUUUAACGCCGAGCUGGCCGGCUUGUAUGAGUGCAAGCCACCCAUCUCUAAGGCUAAGAUGACGGCCAUCACCAAAGGCGCCAUCCGAGCCAUCAAAUUCUACAAACAUGUCGUGCAGAGUGUGGAGAAAUUCAUACAGAAGUGCAAGACAGAGUACAAGAUUCCGGGGCUGUACGUGAUAGACAGCAUCGUGAGACAGAGCAGACAUCAGUUUGGGAUUGAGAAGGAUGUGUUCGCCCCACGCUUCGCUAAAAACAUCCUUGUCACAUUCUUUUAUCUCUUCAAGUGCCCUCAGGAGGAUAAGAGCAAAGUGAUACGUGUCCUGAACCUGUGGCAGAAGAACCAGGUCUUUGCCGAGGAGGUCAUCCAGCCCCUGUUUGACCUCGCUGACCCCAAUCACCCCAUACAAAAGGAGGUCACACUUCAGAUUACCCAGAAGGCUUCAAAAGCAAAGACCCACCACCCCCACCAGCUCCCGGAGGGCCCCCAGGGAACGCCGGGGCAAGGGGGUGGGGUCGGGGCAGCUGGGGUCACUGGCGGGGGUGGGCCAGGACGUGGGGGGCAGGAUGGGGGCCUCACGUCAGCCCCCCCCGGAAGUUUGACCCCUCAGUUGCAAGAUGAGGGGCGGAUGGGGAUGGGGGUCGGACAGCAGCCAGUGCCGGUGACCAGUGUGUCCAGUCAGGUGAUGAGCGCGGCUGUCACCAAUCUUGACCCAGGCCUCAUACAGCAGAUACAGCAGAUCUUGAUGAAGCAGCCCGCAGCAGCAGCGGCAGCAGCGGCGGCUCAGGACGACGGAGGCAUGGCCGCCGCUGCCGCCGCCGCUGCUGCUGCCGCCGCUGGAAUGGUGCCCCCCGUCCCUGAGGAGGUGAAGGGCCAGGCCAUUCCAGGGCUGUCCAAUUCAAGUGACUACGAUGGAAGGUCUCUACCAUUCCUCACAGUGGACACCUCCCAGCCCCCUCCAGGGUACCUCCCCCCUGGGCCAUUUCUGGGUGGACUGGCACCCGCCCCGCCCCUGGCCGUCCCCCCACCCAGCAUGGAGUUUGCCCCGGUCCACCCCGCUGCCCCGGAUAAGCCCAAAAGCCCCAGGGAGGAAGGGGAGCAUUCUGAUGAUGAUAGUGAUGAUGUGAAGGAAAUUCACCACGAGGACAGAGAGGCGGACCGGAGAAGGAGGUCAAGGUCGAGGUCGAGAUCAAGGUCACGCCGCCGCCGCCGCACCCGAUCAAGGUCACGGUCCAGGUCAAGGUCACGGCACAGGAGGUCAAGGUCAAGGUCAAGAGGGAGGAGGUCGAGUUCAAGGUCACGGAGGCGCAGAUCUCGCUCAAGAGAUAGAGACAGAGACCGAGAGAGAGACAGAAGGGACCGGGACAGAGACAGAGACCGAGACAGAGAGAAGGAGAGAGAGAAGGAGAAACUGGACCCGGAGAAGGAGAGAGAGAGGGAGAAGGAGAGAGAGAAAGAGAGAGAGAGGAAGAAGAGAGGGCUGCCACCUGUCAAGAAGGAGUAUCUCAGUGUCUGCUCCACCACUCUCUGGGUCGGACACUUGUCUAAGCUGGUGCAUCAGGAGGAGCUAUCUGACACGUUUGGGGAAUAUGGUGAUAUUGUUUCCAUCGAUCUUAUUCCACCAAGAGGCUGCGCAUUUAUUUGUAUGAACAGAAGGCAGGAUGCUUCGAGGGCCCUUUCCAAGCUGAAGAACCACAAGAUGCAUAACAAGGCCAUCACCCUAGCAUGGGCGCCAGGGAAGGGUGUGAAAGGGAAAGAAUUUAAAGACUACUGGGAGGUGGAUGUGGGCUGUUCCUAUAUUCCCUUCCACAAACUGGUGACGAUGAGCAGCAUUGACUUGGACAACCUGGAGGAGGGAGGCAUGAUUGACGAGGAGACUGUUCCUGAUUGGCUGAGAGCUGCGCCCCGCCUCGCCCCGCCAGGUCGCUAUGGACUAGAGGGAGCCCCGCCUGGCCCCCCUCCUGGAUUCGUCCCCAUCGCUGUCCCACCCGGCCAUCCCCCCAACACCCGCAGCCAGGAUAUUGUGGCCCCACUGCCCCCAAUGCCCCCGCCCCCGGUAGAGAAGGGGCAGGACGUGACCAGGGAUGCCCCACCACCCCUCCCCAACAGUGCCCCGGGACUGCCCCCAAAUAUGCUGCCCCCUCCCUUCGGUCUGCCUAAUAUGCCGCCACCCCAGGUUGGCCCCGGCCCAGGACCAGGAGGCAUGCCACCACUACCCCAGGGAUUCGUGCCCCCUAACCUGCCCCCCAUGGGAGUGCCACCCCCUCUCGGCCUCCCCCCACUGGGCGUCCACCCCCCUGUGUCGUCCAUACUGGGGCAGCCACUGAUCGGAGCAAUGCCGCCCCCAGUCAGCAUGGCUCCCACAAUGCCCAAUAGAGCCAUGAUGGGUCCAGGUGGGGAGCUCCAGAACAGCCUCCCCACCGCCCCAGUCACCACCAUGGCCUCCUCCAACGCGGGGCAUGGCGGGAGCGGGGCAGGACCCAUGCCACACGACUCCAGCGACAUGGAUAUUGAGAUGGAGGAUGCUGUGGAGAAGUCUGAUAUUGGGAAGGAGAACGGUCUACCACCAAAGGAAAAGGACGAACGCGGCGGCAGCAGCAGCGGCGGCGACGUGAUUGAGCGCCGCAGGGAUCGCCCAUCACGUUUCGAGCGACUUGUAGGGCCUGGCCAGUCCCCACCAGCCCCCGUGGAGAAACUGGGGCUGGUUGAGAGGCUGCGGAACCUUGCAUCUGGUGGGGCCCCGGACAUGGAACACCGAGAUCGCUAUGAGAGGGAGAGAAGGGAGAGAGAACAUGAGAGAGAGAGAGUGGGAAGGGAUAUGCAUGAUGAACAGAGGGAAAGAGAGAGAGGACGAGAUAAUGGCCGCUUUGACCCAGAACCCUUUGGAGGGCCUCCCCCCGGGUUCCCCCCAGGUGGCCGUGUCCCUGAUGGACCACCAAGCUUCCGCCCCGACAACAGUGGCGGUGGCGGCCCUAACGGCCCAGUCGGCCCUGCAGGGUUCAACAAUUUUGUCUCAGUGGGGUUCGGUCCCCCUGGGGCAGGCUCAGGGGGCCCCCCAGGGAUGAUGGGGCGCCCACCAGGUCCCCCACACAGCCACUCGGGAAUGCGGGGCGAUGGUUUUGGCCCGAUGGGGAUUGGCAUGAUGUCGGGGCACUCAGGGCCAGGGUUUGGCCCCCGUGGUCUGCAUGGCCCUGGAGGUUUCCAGGGCCCCAGGGGGUUACUGGGGCCUCCACCAAUGGGGAUGGGGUCUCUGAUGGGGACACGACCACCUCUAAUGGGGGAGAUGCCUGGCGGGGGUGGGGCCAUGCGGGGUCCUGGGGGUAUGCCUGGUCAGCGCCCCGGCAUGUGGCUGGACGGACCAGGGCCGGGGCCACGGUUCCAGGGCCACGAGGUGCCCCAUGGGGGUAGGGAGGGCCUGCCGGACCGGCUGUGGGGUGACCCAGAGCGUGGGCGGGACGGUGAGCUGGACCACUUCCGGGACGGAGAGCGGGACCGGGGCAGCCGGGACGAUGACCGGCCACCCCGAGACCUGGACAGGGACCACUCCAUGGACCGGGGCCUGGAUGACCGGGGCCUGGACGACCGGCCCCGAGACCGCUCCAGAGAUGACCGGGGCCGUGAUGACCGGUCCCGCGAUGACCGGGGCAGGGAUGAUCGGGGCCGCACCGACCGCUUCAGGGACGACCGCUCCCGUGACGACCGGCCCCCGCGGGGCGACCGGGGCCGUGAUGAUCGCUCCAGGGACGAACGGGGCCGUGACGACCGACCCCGGGGCGGCCGCGACGACCGUUACCGUGGCGACCGGCUGCGUGAGGAGCGGGGCCGGGAUGAGCGCGGCGGCGGUGGCGGGCGGGGCCGUGAUGGGCGUGAAGAGGGGCCGGGGCGGGAAGAGCGGCCGUGGGAGGCCAAGGGGCGAGAGGGGGAGCGAGAACGGCGACGGGAGGAGCGACGGCCGUGGGAGAAGUCACGGUGGGCGCCACGGGAGGAUCCGCCGCUGCUGCCCGGGGCAGAGGACAUGCCCGGCGGUGGGGGCGGCGGCGGCUGGGACACUUGGCCACCCCGCCCCACCAACACCCAGGAUCACCUGCCAGAUCCACACCACCACCACCACCGCCAGGACCCACCCAGACCCAGGGGCCCCGAUCCACCCCAAGACACAAAGCCUGAGCCCCGGGAACACCAGCAGCAGCAGCAGCAGCAGCCCCCACCACAGCAGCCACAGCCUCCACAGCCACAGCCACCACAACUGCCCUCAGGGGAUGGAGUGGCCCUGGGUGAGGGCAGUGAGGCCCCCAGCGGUGCCCCCCCUCAGGAGAAGGAGGCCCCCACGCCGGCACCAAGCAUAGAACAAAGCGGCAGCAGUUCCCCACCACAGGGUGAGGCCGCUGCCCCACCCCACACUGAGGAUGGGCCGGCCGCCGCCCCGCGCCAAGAGAGGGACCUGUAUGACCCCUUUGAGGCCACAGCCAAGGAGGACCCCACCGCUCCCCCACCCCCCUUAGAACCCUCCCCAAUACCCCAGACCUCACCCCACCACAAUGCUGCACCCACCCCACCCCCCACCACACUGCCCCAGGCAUCCUCCCCCACCACCAACCACCCCUCCCCACCGCACCCCGCCUCACAUCACUCCCCACCACACCCGGGGCCAGAGGAGGAGCCCUCUCAGCCCCACCAGCCUCACCAGCAGCAGUCUCUGCCCCUGCCAACCCCGCAGGACUCUCCACCACACCCAGCCCCGCAGUGCUCCCCGCCCCGGUUAGCCCCAGUGGAGUCUCCCCCACAACCACAGCCCCAGGAAUCUCCCCCAGCCAGCCCAGCAGGACACCUCGCCGCCUCAUGCCCAACAGGAGUCCCCAGCGCGGUGCAGCCCCCAGGCCUCCCCGCCCCACUCCCCGGUGCGGGCUGCCUCCCCCAACCAGUCAUCCCCGCCACCAGAGCCCAUGGAUGCACCCCAGGCCUCCCCGCCGCAUAGGGCGCCCCAGCACGAGUCCAGGGCAGUCUCCCCCAUGGAGACGGAGGAGAGGUAUGCAGAGGAUGGCUCUGGGGCAGACCUGAGCCCCAUGAGUGAGGGGGCGGGGCAGGGCGGGGCCUAUGCUGAUGGUGAUGGCCGCCCCAAUGAGGGCACUGAGGACAGUGGGCGGAGGAGGACGGCUCCCCUGCCCCAGAGCCCCAGGAGGACGAGGACGUGGGGGGCAGCGGCCCCAUGAACGAGGACUAGUGGUGAGCGGUGUGUGGGGCGGGGCGGGGUGGGGCAGUGCUGUGUGUGUGAGGACCCCAGCAAGACAGGACCCAGGGUGGUGGCGGGUGGGGUGGGGUGGGGCGGGUUGGGUUGGGGUGGGCCAGGUGACUCAAUACUAUGGCUGUGAUCACGGCGGCUGGCCGGCGGCUGGGUGUUGCCGCCGCCGCCGCCACUGCCGUGCGAAAGACAUUUCUACGCAUUUUAUUUUUAUUUUUAAAGAAGACAAUUUAAAUUAUAAUAAAUUAUAGACAAUUUUGUAAA